AUGCCAAGUUCCGAUGACACACUUGUAACUGAUCAAUGCUCCGUUUCUUACAUGACACCAUGGGCAACCGUGGUUGCUCUCACCACCUGUUAUCUUCUUGUGAUUCUGUGGAUUUGUAAAAAUGGAAAGAAGAUGUGCCUACCAGUACCAGAUAGUCUUUUUCCUUAUCAGAAACAACUAAAACAGUUAAAAAGAGAUCUCUCGCGCUACCUCGUCGAAGACAACUGCAUCGAAAUUUUUGGUAGCCCCUUGGCUCAAACCCCACAAGGAACACUUUUCCGGGGAACAAUUAUUCCGCGAGUGAAGCAUCGGACAACGGAACGAGUCCCGGUGGCUGUGAAGGUGAGCCAUCCGAACCCAAAGUACAGUGUCGCGCUCUUAGAAGAAUCAGCGCGGAUCUGUCGUCUUGCUCAUCCAAAUAUCUCUCGAAUUUUGGCUGUCUCUCAGCUGUCAUUUACUGUUCUUCGUCCAGCAGUAGCAGUGGAAUGGCUUGCCGGUGGCAAUCUCGCCGACUAUUUCCAGCAUCAAAUCCGAGAUCGUGAAGAACGUCAACGCCCACAGAUAUUGCUCAGGGAUGUCCUAGAAGUUUUGCUGCAGGUGAGCGCUGCUCUGAGGCACUUCCAUGAAACUCUUGGCGAUGUCGCACAUGGAGCAGUGACAACGGAGAACGUCCAGUUGACUUCUCGAGAUCUGCGACGAUGUACAAUCAAACUGAGCUGCCUCUAUCCGCCUACAACGUCGCGCUUGCCACCAGAAAUCGUCUGCUCCACGGAGCGAAAUCCCAAACGCAGACAAGAAAGUGAUAUUUGGAUGUUUGGUGUACUUUGCUGGGAAAGCAUGACGUUGGGGGCCGAGCCUCACUACCAAAGAACACCUGAAGAAAUUCAACGAUGUUAUCGGCUACCAGAUCGUGGUUUGACUUGCCCACAAGGGUGUCCAUUGGAUGUUUGGUCGCUAGCCAUGGAAUGUCUAUCGGAAGCACAUCGUCGGCCACGUUUUGCUGGCGCUUCGCCCACAUUGGUCGACAGAGUGCAACAGCUACGCAAUUACUACAUACAAUCUAUGGACUGUCUCUAUCCCGUGCCAAAUAUUGGUAAUUGUACAUGUGCUGAGCACAAAUGUAAGAAAGUAGAGAGUUUUGACAGGGAAUGA